AGCAUGGCGACCUCCUGUGUACUUGCACUUCAAGGAAUAAUUUCUUAAUUUGUCGAAGACUGCGCUAUCAAAAUCCACCCAGAUUUAAUUGUUGAUAAUGUCCCUGCGACCACGGCGUGUUGAUUUUGACACCACAUGGGACAACUUGUUGGAAACUGUUAAGGGAGUAAUUACAUGUGCCCAAGUGCCGCGAGCUACCUGGAAUGAUAGAUUCACAGAUGUAUAUGCCCUUUGUGUAGCCUGCCCUGAGCCCCUAGGGGACCGGUUGUACCAGGAGACUAAGAACUUCCUGGAGGCCCAUGUUGAAACUCUACACAAGAAUGUUGUGGAUGGUGGAGAAAAGAAUUACCUGUCAUUGUACCACACUCACUGGGUACAAUACAGCAAAGGUUCCAGCUUCCUCAACCAGCUGUAUGGGUAUUUGAACACAACCUAUAUAAAGAAACAGAAGUACAGUGAUGCUGACCUAAGCUAUGGUGGCUUUUCUAUUGAAUCAUCUGACCAGAUGCUGGAGAUUGGGGAGCUUGCCUUGGACACAUGGAAACGUUUGAUGGUAGAACCCCUUAAGGAUGCACUGGUACGUCUGAUUUUGAUUGAUGUAUGGCAAGACCGGUGUAAUGGCACAGUAAAUCAGACAAUUCUCCACGGUGUGAUCAAUUCAUUUGUGAAUGUUGAGGAUUACAAAAAGAAGCACCCACUUCAACUGUAUGAGGAUAUAUUUGAGAAACCGUUCAGGAAAGAGACUGGCGAUUACUACAGACAGGAAGCUGCUAAAUUGAAGGAUGAGUGUAAUUGUUCCGAAUAUAUGGAAAAGGUGAUAUUUAGAUUGGACAAUGAAGAUUUUCGUAGUCGAAAGUUUCUUCAUCCCAGCUCAUACAACAAAAUCACGUUUGAGUGCCAACAACGUAUGGUUGCCGAUCACUUACAGUUCCUACAUGGUGAAUGUAAGGAGAUGGUCAAAUUGAAACACACAAAAGACUUGUCUAAUAUGUAUAGGCUAUUGAAGCCAAUUAAUGGUGGACUUGGAGUCUUGAUCCUGGAAGUUGAGUCACAUAUCCGGCGGACGGGACUGGAGGCAGUCAAAAACCUCAAGGGUGAAAAUAUCCCAGCCCAGUUUGUAGAGUCUAUGUUGGAAGUACACAAGCACUAUACAGAGCUGAUACAGCAGACGUUCCAGACAGAUCAACAGUUUGUUGGAGCCCUUGAUAAGGCAUGUGCUGCUGCGAUUAACUACCGACACAAUCCAAAGCAUCCAUGUAAAUCAGCGGAGCUGCUGGCUAAAUACUGUGAUAACUUACUAAAGAAAAGUUCAAAGGGAAUCUCUGAGAUGGAGUUGGAUGAUAAGUUGUCUAGUUGUAUCACCGUCUUUAAAUAUCUGGAUGAUAAAGAUGUUUUUCAACGGUUUUACUCUCGGAUGUUGGCCAAGAGAUUAAUAUUUUCACAGUCUGCCUCCAUGGAUGCUGAGGAGUCAAUGAUCAAUAAACUUAAGCAAGCAUGUGGGUACGAGUUCACCAAUAAGUUGCACAGGAUGUUUACUGAUAUGAGUAUAAGUAUGGGACUGAACAACGACUUCAGCGAGUUUAUCAGAAACAAGGACAACAAAGACCUUGGUGUCAACUUCACUAUCAUGGUCUUACAGGCUGGUGCUUGGCCCAUAGGACAAAGUAACCUUCCACCAUUUGCCAUUCCCCAAGAGUUGGAACGCAGUGUCAGAAUGUUCGAGACAUUCUAUAAUGGGAAAUUUAGUGGUAGAAAAUUGACAUGGAUGCAUAAUUUCUGUAGUGCGGAGUUAAAGUUUAACUACCUGAAGCGACCAUUCAUUGUGACAAUGGGGACGUUCCAUAUGGCUAUGUUACUUCUGUACAAUACAUGUGACAGGCUCACUUUCACAGAGCUUAUGGAAAACACUAAGUUACCAGAGAAAGAGCUUGUCAAACAAGUUCAAGGGCUCGUCGACACCAAGCUCAUAGUCGCUACGGGAGACAAGGAUGACCUAUGUCGAUGUUCCUUUAACCUUAAUAUGGAAUACACAAACAAACGCACAAAAUUCAAAAUUGCCAGUUCAGGACAACGAGAGUCUCCACAGGAAGUAGAAAGUACACACAAUGCUGUAGAUGAGGACAGAAAGAUGUAUCUACAAGCAGCCAUUGUCAGAAUCAUGAAGGCGAGAAAGAUUCUAAAACACACCAUGUUGAUACAGGAGGUGAUCAGCCAAGCCCGGGCACGGUUCACACCGAAUAUUCCUAUGAUAAAAAAGUGUAUAGAAGCAUUAAUAGACAAACAGUAUCUUGAACGGACUCCCAACUCGUCAGACGAGUAUCGCUACGUAGCGUAGCAUCACUUAGCAACAUAGUGGGGAAAGGACAGUGGGUAGUACAAUGUGAUACUUGGAAAAGCUGUCUUCAUGCUUUAUAAUCCUGUUUUCUGGAAAUUAAGGACAGAAUGCUGAAAGUAGUGAUGUGAUAAUGUUUUAAUGUGAUUGGUGUCAAGUGUUGAAAGGUCUGGAUGUAAUCAUGUUUCACAAAUUUCCUCAGUCCAUGUUGUGUAAUACAAAUAGGAGUUUACACCCAUCUACUGGGGAUUCAAAAAGCAUUGAGAAAGAAGAUCAAAAUUUGUAACUUCUUAUCACUAAUUUCACUGAUGAAUUAACGAAUAAUGUGGAGAAAAUCUUACACCAUUUAUCAGGUGAUAGUUGAUUUCUGCUCUGAUUUGUUUGAAAUGCUACUUGGAUUCUAGAAAAGUCUCCAAUGGAUUUCUAUUUGAUAUGCUGACAAAUUUUGACAAAGGGUGUGUCAUGCUUGUAACAAAUAAACUGUAUUUCUUGUAUCUACUUUAACCUGCUUCAGAAAGAGGCAGUAUUUGAAGUCCCCGUGAUAACAGUAUGAUGACGUGACAUAGUGGCGACCUGUUGUGGCUGUGACCUUGUGUAACAUAUACCCAUAUCAAGGUUGAGACCUUUAAACUGUUGCUGGAGUCAUGACCUCUAACUUAUAUUAAUUUUUGUACAUGUAUAUGCAUUUGAAAUAAAUGCCAUUGUUACAUUGACAAUGACAUCAAAAGAUGGCUGUUGUUUGUGAUCAGUUCACUGUAUAAUUCAGCCACUUGUUAUCCUACAAUAAGCAGAUCAACUCAUUGCUCAAAUUACCAUAAAAUUCCUUUUAAUCCGUCAUAACUAUAAGGUAAUAUGUUGGCUAGCUUGUGUUAUAACAGAAUAAACAUGUUAAAACCAGUGUAUUAUUGAAAUGGUUGGGGUGAGAGUCUUGAUACUUAGGUUGAUGACCAAUGAUAUAGUAGUAACUUUCAAUUUUGAGUUGAAAACUGUUUACCCUGUGGUAAUGUAGAACAGUCUUAUGCAUUCACUGAUGUGACAAGUUACAUUAAACAACUGCAAAAGGAGCAGGUUUGGUGCGAUUUGUGAUGAGUGUUACAUAUGGUCUCUAGCACUUGGCUGUCAGAAUGAUGUGGCUUGUGCAUAGAGUUAAAUACUGGCUUAUAACUUUGUACCUAAUCCUGACACAUUUUGUAUAUAAGAUUAAUUAUUGAUGCCCACAUUGGGUUACUAGCCUUCGCAUCUCACCAAAAUUUCUCAAUGAAGAAUAACAAUUGGAACUUUAAAACAAAAAAAAUUCCAAUAAAAGUGAUGUUAAAAAAUC